GAAUAGAAUAAAAAAAUAUUUGGAUGCGGAAUACGGAUUGAAAAAGAAAUUCGGCUUACAAGUACGACGGAUUUUUCAAAUUUCAUACCGUUUGUACACGGGGUGACUUCGAAAUGUGGUACGAAGCCUUACCGUCCGCCAUCAUCGUGUACGUGCUGUUGAGUAUACCUGACAAGAUCAACUCUUUGUCAAAUAAGUUGGUUUACAAUAAUGUUUACAGACGUGAUAUUAGUCAACCAUGGCUUCAAAGAUAUUAUGCCAGAGACUGGGAAUUAACUGGUGAUCCAUACAAAGCACAAGGCCUUGAAAGUUUAUCAAAUAAGCCUUCAGUUACUGGAAUUGAUUGGCAUAAAUAUGGAAAAGGACCAAACCACUCAUUCUAUGGCACAAAAUUGUAAUGAAAACUUAUUAAUUUGAAAGAUGAAUUGUAGCUAUAACAAAUAAUUUAGAAAGUUGUUUAUGGAAAUUGUGAAAACCAUAUAUCUUGCUAAAUAUACUUAAUAAAUAUGUAACAUAAUAUCUAAA